GUAGUAAACGGAACAAAAUCGAGCGGGAAACCCUCUGCUUGUUUGAAAAGAUGGAGCGCGCAGUCAUUGGCUAGCAGUCAUAAGCAUACGUCACACAUUAGCCAAUCACAAGCUUUGGCACCCUCGCGAUACUGUGAGCUCAUGGCCGUGCAAUGCCUUAAAAGCAGGCGUGUAACAGAAAUGCGCAUUUCCAGCGUACGCAGGACAGAAAGAGAAAAAGACUGCAGCAAUGGCAAGAACCAAGCAGACCGCUCGUAAAUCCACCGGUGGCAAAGCACCGAGGAAGCAGCUCGCUACCAAAGCCGCCCGUAAGAGCGCUCCAGCAACCGGCGGCGUCAAGAAGCCCCAUCGUUACAGGCCCGGGACCGUGGCUCUCAGGGAGAUCCGCCGUUAUCAGAAGUCCACCGAGCUGCUGAUCCGUAAACUGCCCUUCCAGCGGCUGGUGAGAGAAAUCGCUCAGGACUUCAAGACAGAUCUGCGCUUCCAGAGCUCCGCUGUCAUGGCCCUGCAGGAGGCCAGCGAGGCUUAUUUGGUCGGUCUGUUUGAGGACACCAACCUGUGCGCCAUCCACGCCAAGAGGGUCACCAUCAUGCCCAAGGACAUUCAGCUGGCCCGCCGUAUCCGCGGAGAGCGUGCCUAAACCCGCAUCAGCCACAUCAAACCCCAAAGGCUCUUUUAA